AUGAAGCGGAAGGCUAAUCUGGAUGCCGGACGCCCUCAGAAGGGUGGCAAGCGGGCAAAGAAGACCAAGGCCACGCCGAAAGUGCCGACGAUGAAGCAGAAGCAGCGCCGCGAGGGGAAGGUGGUGCUGAUGCUGGAGCUCAACUGGAAGCCGGUGGAGAUCCCCGACGGGCUUGGCGACUACGAAGGGUUCAUGGGCAUGGAGGAGUUGGAAGGGGUGUCGGUGCGGUACGUCAACGGCAAGCCCGAGCUCGUCCAGAAGGAUGCUGAGGCGGAGGACACUGCCGACGGCGAUAAGCCGAAUAAGAAGAAGGGCGACAAGCAGGAUAAGAAGAAGAAGGGGAAACAGGAUAAACUGAGAAAGAAGGAAGAAAAAGCUACUGGUGAGCUGGCCGAAGCGGAUGCUGAGGAUAAAGUGGAUGCUGACGCUAGUGAGGGUGAAGAAUCCGAAACUGAAGUCAUUGCCGAUAAAUCCGCCGCUACUAAAGAUACCCAAGAGGCCAAAGAGGAUUCUGAUCUCACUCCCGGAACGUUUUCUCAAGUGGACCUCCCUCAGGACGUUAACCUCCCCGAAUGGGAUGCGAUGGAACUUUCCGGUUACGUCAAGGAUGGGCUUGCCAAGCUUGGCUUUACCAAGCCUACUGAGAUUCAAAAACUUACUAUCCCAGCCGCAAUGGAAGGCACCGACGUCAUCGGUAAAGCCACCACCGGUUCCGGUAAGACUUUGGCCUACGGUAUCCCCAUUCUCGAACGAUACUUAGCACGGGAAACCACUGACGACGCCCCCGCCGCCAUCAUCUUUGCUCCUACUCGUGAAUUGGCGCAUCAAGUGGUGAAGCACUUGGAACAGUUGAGUAAAUACAGUCCUUUGGGUCAGCACGGCAUUGUCCCCAUCACUGGUGGUUUGUCGAUUCAAAAGCAAGAAAGAUUGCUUAAACACAACCCGGGGGUGAUUGUUGCUACCCCAGGGCGUCUCCUUGAGCAUUUAACUGGCAAUCAGGAACUCGCCAAUCGCUGGUCGCGCACAGACAUGAUCGUCUUGGACGAAGCGGAUAGAUUACUUCAAGACGGCCAUUUCGAGGAGUUCGAUAAGAUCAUUGAGAUAUUCCGUCGACAAAAGACGAAAAAGUGGCAGACGUUGGUGUUCUCGGCGACAUUUGCUCGCGAUCUUUUUAUGAAGCUUGACCGUAAGGGCAAGUCUCACCCCGCUAAAGGCGCUGUCAUGGCCAACGACGAAGUGGUGGAACUUUUACAAAAGCGGCUCUCAUUCCGCAAAAAGCCUGAGUUCAUCGACGCCAACCCCAAGGAAAUGGUGGCGCUGCUGGUGACGGAAGCUCUUGUCGAGUGUGGCGCCACUGAACGGGACUUGUACCUCUACUACUUCCUCCUCAUGUACCCGGGGACGUCGUUGGUGUUUGCCAACUCUAUCGACUCUGUCAAACGACUCGCUCCGUUCCUUAAAAGCUUGGGCAUCGCAGCGUAUGCUAUCCACUCAAACAUGGAGCAGAAGCAACGGUUGCGGGCGUUGGAGCGGUUCCAAGCCGAGAUCAAGCAGAAAAAGCCGGCAGUACUCGUGGCUACAGAUGUCGCUGCUAGAGGGUUGGAUAUCCCCAACAUCGACCAUGUUGUCCACUACCACAUCCCCAAACUGGCGGAUGUCUACAUCCAUCGACUGGGUAGAACCGCUCGUGCCGGUAAGGAAGGGGUGGCUUUGACGUUGUGCUCUCCGGAAGAAGCGCUGGGCCCGCUUCGUAAGCUUCGACGUGUGGUGGCGGCGCUGGGCCAGGCGCUGAAGCGCAUUGCUGGCGACGUCAAGCUUUUGCCUAUCGAGUACGAUAUCGUGGGACAGAUCACCCCUCGUGUGAAGCUCGCGGCGCAAUUGGCUGACAGCGAGAUUCUGACGGUGGCGACUCUGAAGGAAGGGCUGUGGGUGAAGCAAGUGGCUGAGGACUUGGGGCUCGACGACUUGGACGAGCUCCAGGACUUUGAAGACGAUAUCUUGAAGAAACAAAGACGGAAAAAGGAACUGAAGAUGUUGGAUAAACAAGAAGCUAAGGUCAAACGGGCUCAGCUCCGCCAACUUUUGGCAGUGCCGUUGCGGAAGAAUGUUCGCCGUAGUUACUUGACGCUGGGUCUCGAAAACAUGGCCCACUCGAUGGUCCAUGGUACUCAUCAUGCCCAAGUGUUGGGCCACAAACAAACGGAAGCCUUGAUGGACUUGAAGAAAUGA